ACAACAAUUAGGCGCGAUAGACUGUAUGGUAGGGAGUAAUCGAAGAUUGUUUUUAAAACAAGUAACAUCAUUAAUAUAAUUAGAACUGAGAUAUAAACUUGUAGUUUUACGUAACACCUACGUUGGUAUAUAAAACACUAAUCACAAUAAUUUUUCAAAUCAAUAUUAAAUCUCCAGUGGUGUGGUUCAGAUAUUUCUUUAACGCGACUAUUAUUACUAUUUCACGAUGAAAUUCACAACAGUUGCUAUGUUUUGCUUACUUUUUGCAGUCACUAUGGCCAGCCCAUUAAAUAAAACAGGCUCUUGUGAUGACCCCAAUGCUCAUUUUGGAUGUGAAUAUCCGUGUAAACCAACUUGCAACGUUCGUCAAUUCGCAUACUGUGGAACAAAAUGUGUUAAUGAUUGUUAUUGUAACCAAGAUUAUAUUCUAAGUAGAGAACAAGGAAAAUGUGUUCUAAUACAAGAUUGUUUUCCCCACUAACACAGUUAUUUAGGUAGAUAUAUGAUGUACUGUUGUAUAUAUUAGCAUUUAUAAUUUGUUGAUGUUUUUUUUUAACAAUAAUAAUUCUUAAUUGGUAUUUAAUAUGUUGUAAACAUUAUACGAUUACUGUACUAGGCUUGUUAAAUAUAUAUGUAUAGUGUGUA